CAAUAUUUUACGACCGCAAGUAGAGCCAUGUAAUAAAACUGCAAAAAAUGAGUAAUUUUAUUUAAAUGAACUACAGAAGCAUAACUGAAAAUUGAAGAGUCGUUUAAUUAUUUUAUUUCUAAAUAAGCUAUAUUAAUCUGAACUAAAUUAUCGUCAUCCAGUUAUAUGCAAAUCGUUUCAGGUCGUAGAAUUACUUUAGCUUCUUUUCAAAUUACAGCUUGGGACACUACCGAGCCGUUGACUUCUAGUACCGCGCUUCCCCCGGUUAAUCCGUGGGACGUGGUUCCGUCGGAGCCGGUGGAGUCUACCGGCUGGGCCAAUUUCGAUAAUUUCGAAAAUUCCUUAAAUAUAGAGAAUACUGCGAGCGAGGAUAAGAAGCCGCGCGACGAUGAACUUAAAGAGAAAGUGUCGGAAACGAUCGCGGACUCGAAGGAGAAGGACACGACGACUAGCGAGAACGUCGAGGACGACAACGAGAAGGAGAGCAAAGACUCGGCGAACACUGAAGUGACUGGAUCAGGUAUGCCGUCCAAUACGGAAACCAACCUCAACAGUAAGAGCGACGAGAACAAGACGAUCCUCGCUGACAAAAACGCUAAUCCCAGCAAACCGCCGGCUACCAGCAGCGACGUCAAGGGCGCGGAGGAGGCCAAGGCCACGACGGCGGAAGACGCGAAGGACGCGGCAGCGGGCGAGAAGCCGCCGCCGGCCGAGCAACAGGACUCAGACGUCCCGAAGAACACACCUGCCGCCACCGACUCCGUGCUAAUGUCGAAAGACGCCAAGUGAAACACCGUUUCCCUCCCAUUCUCCCCCCCACCCACCCUGCCUAUGUUAGACGAGAUAUGGCAAUAGGAAGAGAAAAUCAUAUCAGUAUCGAGUCGUACGAGAACGAUCGGAGCAUAUUACGCCUCUAUUUUCAUUAGACACCACGUGUUGAUUAUGUGCUUUAAAGGGAAGAAAGAAGAAACAAAAAAAAUGGAAAGUGUGUGUUGACGCUGGGCACAGUAUAGUCCCGUUGCAGGGUAUCUCAAAUAAAUACGAAUGCCGAACCUACCAUCGACGCUCAACUACCAUUUAGCGGAUAAUUUGAUGUUUAUUACAUAUACUAUAUAAAUAUAUAGGUACAUCCUGUCCCCUCUCAACCCCACCCCCUUUCCCGGAUGGCCAACGUCUGCAGGUAUUCCCGCGAAAGUGAAGUCCCUCCCGCGUAUAUUUUACGACUGUAUUGUUAAGAGUUUCGUAAAACUGUUAUUUAUACGUAACCGAUGAACUGUUCUCCGUUCAAAAUGGAAGAGAAGAAGGAGGAAAAACAGCGAAAGAACAAAAAGAAAAGGGGACAAAUCGCAACUUCUCAGUUCGCGCCAUACAUGGUCUAUAAACGAGGAGACAGAGAGAGAGAGAGAGAGAGAGAGAGACAGAGAAAGAGAGAACGAAAGGAGACGUCGGACGAAUUUCACCUCCGCUUGAUCACCUCCGCUCGACGUUUGAGUUUGAUUUCACGAAACACAUUUACACAAACCAUUACGAACAUUGCGAACAAACGAACGCGGCGAGAGAAAGAGACGACGGGGAAGAAUUACUUGUGACGACGUUUAAUACUGUAAGCCCGAGAUUUCGCGAACUGGUGCUUUUGCUUAUUCUUUCGAUAAGGCAAAGGUACUUAGGUGCAGUGCCUACUGUCUAACUGAACGUACGUUAGUGCAACGAUGCGAUAUGAGCAGAAAAAAGAAAGAGAGAAAGAGAGAGAGAGAGAAAAAGAUAGAAAGAAUCGUGUAUUUUUAUUACCUUUUGUCAUAAUAUAUUCGGUCGAAAUUUAUACGUGAUAUCGCAUUAAUCGGGAGCUCUCGACGAACUUGCGCGCUUAUUUGCAUUUCAAUAGAAGCGGAAAAGGAGUGGAAAGAUUUGUAGAUACAUAUGUUUAAGCGACUGUUAAAAGUCUUUCACGAAGAUCUUCCAGAGGAUAAAUAGCGUUAAAAAUUGCAGGGAAAACCAACGUGUUGCGCACUUCGACCGAGCUACCUUGAUAUACCUAUCGAGAUAUACUUUGUCAUUUCCCGAGACGACAGUUCUGCGAAUUAUGUUACCUGAUUGUUCCGCGACUUUCUUCUGCCUCGCAGGUUUUGCAGCAGCAAUGUGUUUAUAGCGUUGUACACGAGAUAUUGUUCAUAAUUAAAAAUGAUGAAAUAAUAAUAAAACAUUGUUCUAAAAUC